UCUAAGUUGCUUCUCCAAUUGCCUGGGAUCUGUCCAGCUGUCAAUUUCCCCUCCAGAAAAGAUCAUCACUGCUGAAGCUUCGUUUUACUGAACCAUUUUUCAUCAUUGUUCUAACAUCUGGAUUUGGGUUUCUUGUUUAAUCAGUGGCUAUUUUUGUUUAUUCAUAGUUUGUUUUGUGCCAAAUGAAAAUAAAUUAACUUAAAAAAAAAGAUCAGUAAUCAACCAUAAACAUGAGAAUGAAUGGUUCUCACUAGAAAGGCAAAGAUAAAAGCGGACAAUGCCUUUUCAAGCCAUCAGUUCUUUCAAAGAAAAAAUAUUCAACCCUGGAAAGGAAGAAAUUAAGACUGGCGUUGGAGACACAUUAGGAAAUCUGCAAAGGAAAAUUGAUGGAACAAACAUUGAGGAAGAAAAUAUAGAACUGGAUGAGGAUGGGAGGCCAGUACAAGCCCCAACUCAUAAUCCCCCAAGAUUUGACUGCUACUGUUGUGGACUACCUAAACGAUACAUCAUUGCAAUUAUGAGUGGCUUGGGUUUCUGCAUUUCCUUUGGAAUUAGAUGUAAUCUUGGAGUGGCGAUUGUUGAAAUGGUGAAUAACAACACAGUCUAUGUCAGUGGGAAACCAGAAAUUCAGAAAGCACAAUUCAACUGGGAUCCAGAAACAGUUGGCCUAAUCCAUGGUUCAUUUUUCUGGGGAUACAUUGUGACCCAGAUCCCUGGAGGGUUCAUUGCAAACAAACUUGCUGCCAAUAGGGUAUUUGGAGCUGCUAUUUUUUUAACUUCAAUCCUGAACAUGCUGAUCCCAUCUGCUGCAAAAGUACACUAUGGCUUUGUAAUAUUUGUGCGAGUUCUGCAAGGUCUUGUUGAGGGUGUUACCUACCCAGCAUGCCAUGGGAUGUGGAGUAAAUGGGCACCUCCACUAGAAAGAAGUAGAUUAGCAACCACUUCAUUUUGUGGAUCCUAUGCUGGUGCAGUUAUUGCCAUGCCAUUAGCAGGGAUACUGGUGCAAUAUAUUGGUUGGUCCUCUGUCUUUUACAUUUAUGGUUUUUUUGGCAUGUUUUGGUACAUCUUCUGGUUGCUCCAUGCGACAGAAAGCCCAGCAGCACAUCCAUCAAUUACUGCAGAAGAAAGAACAUACAUAGAGUCAAGUAUAGGAGAAGGAUGCAGCUUAGUUACAACUAGUAAAUUUAAGACCCCAUGGAAACGAUUCUUUACUUCAAUGCCGGUCUAUGCGAUUAUAGUGGCAAAUUUCUGCAGAAGUUGGACUUUUUAUUUGUUGUUAAUAAGUCAGCCAGCUUAUUUUGAAGAAGUUUUUGGAUUCCCUAUCAGCAAAGUUGGUCUGCUUUCUGCUGUUCCACACAUGGUAAUGACUAUUAUUGUACCUAUUGGAGGACAGAUAGCUGAUUUUUUAAGGAGCAGAAAAAUAUUAUCAACCACGACCGUAAGGAAAAUCAUGAAUUGUGGAGGUUUUGGAAUGGAGGCGACUCUAUUGCUUGUGGUUGGCUAUUCUCAUACCAAGGCCGUAUCAAUCUCCUUUUUGGUACUUGCUGUAGGAUUUAGUGGCUUUGCCAUAUCAGGGUUUAAUGUCAACCAUUUAGACAUUGCACCAAGAUAUGCCAGUAUUCUCAUGGGAAUAUCAAAUGGUGUUGGCACCUUGUCAGGAAUGGUAUGUCCUCUCAUUGUUGGUGCUAUGACAAAGCAUAAGACUCGUGAAGAAUGGCAAAAUGUGUUCCUGAUAGCAGCAAUAGUUCACUACAGCGGAGUUGUUUUCUAUGGCAUCUUCGCUUCUGGUGAGAAGCAGGAAUGGGCGGAUCCAGAGGCGCUCAGCGAGGACAAAUGUGGUAUCAUAGAUAAUGAUGAACUUGCAGAGGAAACAGAACUCACUAGUGAAUCUUUAACUAGCCCACAUAAAAAGGCAAGUUACGGGGCUACCGUUCAAAGUAAUGAAGAACGAAGGAAGGGUUGGAGGAAACAGAGAGGAAUGACACAAGACAUUGAUGAACAACAGACUUCCUACCACUAUGAAAAUGGACAUUUUCAGGAUUUAUCUUAAUUCCAUUAAAUGCAUUUGUGAUCAAACGCAACAUACUAGCCAGUUAUAAAGAAGAGUGUGACUUCUAGUAAAUGGAAAAUGACAAAAAAGGAACAUAAAAUGUCAUCUAGUUGCUGUCACAGU